AUGGACUUGAUGUUGCAUGGUACUGAUAGGAUCGAAGACGUUUUCCACAUAGAAGUGCCACUAGAGUGUGGAAAGAGAGGUCGACCGAAGUUUUUAAUUCCUGUUUCAGUAAUUGAGUUUUUGGUAGACAACAAAUUUACAGUGAAGGACAUUUCGAGAUUAUUAAUGACCAGUGAAAGUACUAUAAAAAGGCGACUUAAGGACUAUAAUAUAAAGAUCGGCAACACCUAUUCUAUUAUGGAACAGGGAGAGUUAGAGGACUUGGUGAGGAACAUCACCAACGAAUAUCCAAAUGCAGGAUAUCGAACUGUCAUGCGAGUUUUAUCAUCUAAAGGUCACCGAGUGCAGAAAAAACGAGUGAGAGAUGCCCUCAAAUAUUGUGAUCCACAAGGUGUUCUGUUCAGGAGGUUGUUCUUGUCAGCUUGUAGAGUGCAGCGUAGAGCAUACAAUGUGCGUGCACCAUUAGCAUUGUGGCACAUUGAUGGAAAUCAUAAAUUGACCAGAGUUCGGUCUGACAAAGGAGGAGAUAAUGUUUUGGUUGCUGAAUACAUGGUUCAACAUAAUGGCACAAGGUCUUUUAUAACCGGACGCAGUGUACAUAAUCAAAGAAUUGAGAGACUAUGGCGGGAAGUCUGGACUGGUUGCAAUGCCUUGUACUAUGGACUCUUCUUCUCGAUGGAGGAUGAUGGUAUUCUGGAUGUCACCAAUGAGAGGCACAUGCUAGCACUGCAUCUUGUGUUCAAGCCCAGGAUACAGCAACACCUGGAUAACUUUAGAGAAGCUAUUUCUCACAGGCCAUUAAGAACAGAACGAAAUAAAAGCCCACUACAACUUUGGAUAAGUGGUCAAAUGCUGGAUCCUAAAUGGAAUCCAAAUAGUGAGGAUGAGCUUCAAACCUUUGGUAUGGAAUUUGGUGACCUUAUUCCUGAUGAAGAUAAUGUUCCCGAAGCUGUGGUUGUUCCCGAAAAUGAAGAGAAUGUGGAUCCUCAUGUGCUUGACAAUAUACAAGAUAUUCAUGACAGGAGGUCAUUGAAUAAUGGUAUUGACAUUUAUCAGGAAGUGUUAUCAAUUAUUAAUCAUUAGAAAGAAUUGCAGUUAUUAUCUACCGUACUGUGUCAUCAGAUGAAACUACCAGGAUUUGUGUAUUCAAUUAUAUUAUUAGCUCUACUUUCCAAAGACCAGAAGAGCUUACAAGA